AUGGCAAUAUCUCCAGAGGAAAUUUUUCAUAUUGCCCACGAAGAGCUUGUUGAGAUAGAACCCACAACGUCAAUACCAGAGCUGUGUCUUCUAGAGAAGACUUAUCCGGCGCUGAUGCCCUUAGAUAUAGCAAGAAUUCCGCUAUAUGCAGCCCUACUUCUGAAAAAAUCGAACAUGUGCAAGAUAAGACUUCCAUCGUAUCUGCAGAUAGAAAAUCUUAAGGCGACAAUGGAUGCCGAAAUACAAAAAGUCGAUGAAUACUCUCAGAUCCAUCCAUAUUUCUUUCCUCUUGCAGAGAAGCUUCUGGAAUGCUGCUACAAUGUUGAGAACAUAGAAGAAAGUAAGGUGAUUGUUGAAAAGAUCAAGGAAAUAAGACUUGCAAAGACACUCAAAGGUAUCAAAUGCUUGGAUGGAAGAGCUUUAAACAUGAAUAAUAUCACACUAUUUGAGUUUAAUGAGGUUAAAGAGCUUAUCAUCGGAUCUGUGGAAGCAGGGCGGAAGAUUGAGGCCUUGUCAAAAAACCAAUGA